GCGACGCCGUCAUUCUUCACGCAAAAAAUGCCAAGCCAUUUGAUGAGCUUGUUAAUUUCUUCUACCAUCGCCGCUGUCGUCACAUUCAUUUUCGUUUGCAUAAGCCUUUUCACACAAGAAUGGGUGACAGUCACUGUCUCAGCGAGUAUCAUAUCAAUCAGUCAGUCGGCUGGAAUUUUCCCAUGGGGAUGCGUCACUUCGAAUACCUGCAAUCUCUUCUGGGAUAGUGCUGAUGGAUGGGACAUAAUGUUCUUCUUGGUGAUGUUGUUCGCUUGGGUAUUCCAAUUUUUUGCACUCAUUCCUGCAGCGAUGGCAGUUUGCAUACCGAGAUUCCGACCGAGGAAGCACUCAUAA